AUGGGUGUAGAGGAGUCAGUCUACCUGGCAAAACUUGCCGAGCAAGCUGAACGAUAUGAAGAAAUGGUGGAGAACAUGAAGGUCGUUGCCUCUGCGGAUCAAGAGCUCUCUGUUGAGGAGCGAAAUCUUCUGUCCGUUGCCUACAAAAAUGUCAUCGGUGCCCGACGAGCUUCCUGGAGAAUCGUCACGUCCAUUGAGCAAAAGGAGGAGUCGAAGGGAAAUGAGGCGCAGGUCAAACUCAUCAAGGAAUACCGUCAAACAAUCGAGAAUGAACUCGGCCGGAUCUGCGAAGACAUCCUCGAUGUUCUCGACAAGCACUUGAUCGCCCAUGCACAAACCGGUGAAUCCAAGGUCUUCUAUCACAAGAUGAAGGGUGACUACCACCGCUACCUCGCUGAAUUCGCCGUUGCCGAAAAGCGAAAGGAGUCGGCUGACAAGUCCCUUGAGGCAUACAAGGCCGCCACCGAGGUUGCUCAGACUGAUCUUCCACCAACCCACCCCAUCCGACUUGGUCUCGCCCUCAACUUCUCCGUCUUCUACUACGAGAUCCUCAACUCUCCCGAUCAAGCAUGCCACCUCGCCAAACAGGCUUUUGAUGAUGCCAUUGCGGAGCUCGACACUCUUAGCGAAGAAAGCUACAAGGACUCAACAUUGAUUAUGCAAUUGCUGAGAGACAACUUGACUCUCUGGACCUCUUCUGAGGCUGAGCCACAGGAACCAGCCGGCCAAUCAAGUGAGGCACCCAAGGAACCCGAGGCUGCACCUGCUCCCGAAGCCACCACCGAGAGGACCGAGUAA